CAGCAAAGAUGUCUGCAGCAAAGAACGUGGCCAUCGGCAUCGACCUGGGCACCACCUACUCCUGCGUGGGCGUUUUCCAGCAUGGAAAAGGGGAAAUCAUGGCCAACAACCAGGGCAACAGGACCACCCCCAGCUACGUGGCCUUCAUCGACAUGGAGAGGCUGAUCGGAGACGCGGCCAAGAACCAGGUGGCUCUGAACCCCAGCAACACUGUGUUUGAAGCCAAGAGGCUCAUCGGGUCCUGUUUUCAAAGUGAGACUAGCGAGAGCUUCUUUCUCCGUUCAGAAAAUGUGACAGAAGUUCUGUUCACUGACUUAAGUUCUGAAAGAGAAAAACACAAUUAGCUUUAACAUCUGAGCUUCAGCUCCAGUGUUUAUAUUGUUUUGGUUAUGAUAACUCUUCAGCAAUUGAUGUAAUUCUAGCAGAUUUUUGUGCAAAAAUGUGUUUUUCUACUCAGAAAUAUCAAACUGUUGUGCACUUUAAAAAAUGUUUUUCAUAAAAAGUAUUUUCUUUUUUACAAAUUCUGUUUAAAUACUUUUGAUCUUUUAAACAAAUGUGAAGGCUGCUGUCUAUCAGCCACAUCUGUUCUCAUUGGAUUCAUUUUGCUGCACUAAAAUGUUUGUUUCUCAAUUGUGACUUUUCAGUUAUCUGUUAUUUAAAAUAGUAAGAAAAGUAAACUGUGACAUUUUUUCUGAGAAUACUGAA